AUGACUGAAAAUUCUGCUUCUGAACCACCACCACUUGUCGAACCACAAGAGCAUAAAUUAACAGUAACUAUUAAGUCUGUUGAAGGCCUCAAUUUUGGAACAGAGCUUGGCAAUCAACAAAUUGCCGCUUCAAUACUGUUCCCUGGACAUCAACUUGAUAUGAUGAGUCAACUUGUUCCGCCAGCACCAAAAAUAACAUUUGAUUUCACAGAAACAUUCGAUAUCAAGUUUUAUCCAAAUUCAACAAUCAACGCUUUACUUCAAGCUCCAUUAGAAUUUUUCGUUUACGUUUGCACUCAGGAUUUAAAGCGCACAAAUCAAGUUGCUAAAUUUACAUUCGGAUUCGAUCAGCUUUUAUACGUUACUUCAUAUACAGCCAUUUUAGAUGGUACUGUUCUUCCUGAUGGAGCUCAGAUUCUUCCCGCUGAAGGAAUUAAGGCUUCCAUUAACUUUGCAUGGGAUUCUCCGAUUAUUGAACCAGAAGAUUUUGAACAAACAUUAAUUGCUUCAUUGAAUUUAUCUCCAAUUUCAGCUUUACCACAAGCAAUUGUUAACUCGAACGCAACACCAAAUAACUUCGGAACUCACAUUUUCUCUUACAUUCUUUGCGGAACAUUACCAAAUGGACAAGUAAUCUUCAUGGAUAAUGGUAAACUAAACGCAACAAAUCCCGAUGGAUCUGAUGCUCAAAUUGUAUUUCCAAAUCCAAUGAAGUUUUACGUUGGACCAGAAGAUUUUGCAAAAUGGAAGGAGACAGCAGAGAAAGAAGAGAACAUUUCAGUAUACCUUAUCCCAGAGCUUACACCUAUACUACAACCACUCGGUUUACUUCCUUCCCAAUACGACAAAUUAUACGCUCGUGCUGAAAUUCCAUUCUCACAGUUCUCCAAGGCCGGCCGUUCCCAUUUCCUCGGUCAAACUCAACUCUUUACCGAUCCAAAGUACUCAGUUGAAGACCCUCCAAUGCCAAAUUCACUUCCAAACGGUUUUCCUGAAGAACCAGUUGAUCCAACCGGCCGCAGAAAAGUUGUUGCUAAGAAGGGAUUGCCAUCAUCACGUUCUUCAGCCAAAACCAAACAAGGAGCCAACACAACAGCGAGUACAAAGAAGGCAAAAGCUUUGUCAGCGAAAGAUAAAAAGCUUCAGCAGACAAUUCUCCAAAUCUUCCAAGGAAUUGGAGAUUCCGAUGUCUACAAAGACUCCGCCACACAAAUUCGCAUUGAGUUAGCUCUUUCAAGACCAUUAGUUCCUCGUAGUGCAACACCAAUCGAAUCAAAACCUCCUGAAGAAGUUGUCAGACCAUUACCAAAGAUGCACGCGAACAAAUUAGCCAAUGCAACAAAAGAGUUCUGUCGCCAGGUUAAUAUCGCUAUUACACAACUCAGCGAGAGCCAGAAUCGCGAUGAAUUGAGGAAGAUCAUCAAAGAACAACUGAAACCAUCCGUUGUCGAAGUUGUCCAACAAGUUUACCUCAAUAAACCAGAACCUUCCGUCGAAGCAUCGAAGAAGAACGAAGCAGAAGACAAACAGGAAGACAAAGAAAACAAAGAAGCUGAAAUAGGAAAUGCUUUUAUUUCAGAAUUGAGAUCCUAUUUGAUAUUACAUCUCAACAAAGUUGUAAAUCAAAGAUUCAAACUCACAUUCCCAUCUUCUUCUUUGUCUCCUCCUGAAAUGGACAUUGAUUGUCUCUCAAGGCGCAUUGCUUCUCAAAAACUGUUUAAGACUGAUGAUUUGGGAGCUUUGCAUCAAAAGAGAUGUCAAUUGGAUCCAUUAAAUCCACAGUGGCCAUAUGAAUACGCGCUUUAUUUAUCAGAUAUCAAAGACGAAAAAGCACUUGAUAACUUUGCUCGCGCUAUUUCAAUUGAUUACCACUUCAAGGCCGCAAUUUUAGGUUUCUGUUCUCUUUUGGUCAAGAAUGGAAACAAGAGUGAUGCAUUAGUACUUUUAGACAUGCUCGGAAAUGAGAUGCCAACAGAUCCAACAGUUACUGUUUGCCAGUCAUUGGUUUACACUUUGUUGGAAUCAUCAAAAUGCGAUGAAUUCCUCGCAAAGAUUUCAAACAUGGCACAGUCAUUGAACAGAUCUCCUUAUUUGAUUGCCGCUUCAUCUUUGAUCGAUGUUCAUGAUACAUUCGUCUCCGAAAUGGCUCUUUCCAAGGAAAGAACACAAGGCCAGAGAACAAAGGAGUUAUUGAUUUUACUCGCCAAGUUCUCACAGUUGACAGGAGAUCCACAACGCGCUCAAGAAUAUCUCAAAGAAGCAAUCGAAAUGGAUCAAGAAGAUCUUUCAGUUUGGAAGAUGUUAGGAGAAUUCCAAUUCGAAUCAGGAAUGUUCGAUAAGGCUAAAGCAUCUUUCACAUCUCUCUUGACUUUGUCUGAUGAUCCUGACCCUGCUUCAUGCUUGAAACUCGCUUUAAUCAAGGUCAAAGAUAGUGAAUACGCUGCCGCUUACGAUUUAUUGAUGUUCACUGUCCAGAAACUUGAUGACGUUCUUGCAUGGCUUGCUCUCGGUGUUUGCUGCUUCAGAAUGGAAGAAUACACUGAAGCAGACAGUUGCUUUGUCAGGGCAAGUGAAUUAGAUAGAUGGAAUGCAGUCACAUGGGGUUAUUGCACUUUGUUAUGCUUCAAGACUGGUGACCAUGUCAAAGCUUGCCAGGCAUUGAUUUAUACAUGGGCUCUUGGUAUCAAAGAUAGGAGACUUAUUGAUGAAAUCAUUGUUGAAGCUGAAAAAGCUCAAAUUGGAGAAAAAGCAAAGGAAAUAUUAGCCCAAAUGAAGCAGGUUAAGGAAGAAGAUUGCUAUCCUCCAUUCGAGAACCAAAGCAAUUAA